AUGCCCAACACACGAUCGGGCACUCAAGCCACGACAGAGAAGACGGAUUCUCUUGAAAAGGCCGAGGCAGCCAAGGAGAAACAAUCAGGUCCAUCCGCAACCGAGGGAAUGGUUGGCGGAGACGAGCUAGACAAAGCCAUAGGCGACAAGGGCGGGAAGGGCGUCAACCCUGAGGUGACAAGUGCAGAAGACGACCCGCUGGAAGAGGCCGAGGCUACGAAGGAGAAAUAG